AAACAGAUAUUGUCUGUGCCACACCCUAGCAUUUUACUUUUUUUUAAUCAUAGCAGAGCAGCAGGUCUCAAUUCUUAGGUACAGUCUGUAUGAAAAGAAGAAGAUGAUGGCGGAAGAUCUCGGCGUCGAGGCCAAGGAGGCAGCGGUUCGUGAGGUCGCCAAGCUCCUGCCACUCCCAGAUCUCUUGCAGUCGAUCUCUUCGAUCAAAGCUGACUACAUUUCCCGCCAGCAGGCAAAUGAUGCACAACUCAGUACAAUGGUAGCUGAACAGGUUGAACAAGCUCAAGCUGGCCUUGAAUCGCUUUCCUUAUCUCAAAAGACUAUCAGCCAACUCCGGGAGAACUUCUGUUCUAUUGAAAAGCUAUGCCAAGAAUGCCAAACGUUAAUAGAAAACCACGAUCAGAUAAAGCUUCUUAGUAAUGCAAGGAAUAACCUUAAUACCACCUUGAAGGAUGUAGAAGGAAUGAUGUCAAUUUCUGUUGAGGCUGCGGAGGCACGGGAGUCCCUUGGUGAUGACAAGGAACUCAUAAACACCUAUGAGAGGUUAACUGCCCUUGAUGGAAAGCGGAGGUUUGCACUCGCUGCUGCUGCAUCUCACAAAGAAGAGAUUGGCAGACUAAGAGACUAUUUUGAAGAUGUAGAUCACACAUGGGAAACUUUUGAAAAAACACUAUGGGGGCAUAUUUCCAACUUCUUCAAACUUGCUAAAGAGAGCCCACAAACUCUUGUCCGUGCUAUAAGGGUUGUUGAGAUGCAAGAAAUCCUUGACCAGCAACUUGCUGAAGAAGCAGCUGAGGCUGAGGGUGGUGGAGCAAUGUCACCAAUAGCUAAUCCUCGAAGAAAUACCAAGAAAUCUUUACAUGGAACAGCUUCUACUAAAAACCUUAUACACCAAAAAAUGAAGGUUCAGGGGAAAGGCUACAAGGAUAAAUGCUAUGAACAUAUAAGAAAGUCCGUUGAAGACCGCUUUGACCAGCUACUAGGAGAGGAAGACCUCAAAGCCGCUAUAGCUGAGGCGAAAGCGAUGGGUGAAGAGCUUGGAGAUAUAUAUGAUUAUGUUGCUCCUUGCUUUCCUCCCAGAUAUGAAAUUUUCCAGCUCAUGGUAAAUCUUUAUACUGAGAGGUUUAUUCAGUGGCUUAGAAAACUAAGUGAUCAAGCCAACAAUUUGACAAAUCUAGAGAUUUUAAAGGUAACUGGUUGGGUAGUGGAGUACCAAGAGAAUCUAAUUGCACUUGGAGUUGAUGAGUCUUUGGCUCAAGUUUGCUCUGAAAGUGGUUCAAUGGAUCCCCUCAUGAAUGCUUAUGUUGAGAGAAUGCAGGCAACAACUAAGAAAUGGUACCUGAACAUCCUUGAAGCAGAUAAAGUACAGCCACCAAAGAAAACAGAUGAUGGGAAGCUAUACACACCUGCUGCCGUCGACCUGUUUAGGAUCUUAGGAGAGCAAGUGGAAAUUGUGAGGGACAAUAGCACUGAUCUCAUGCUUUACAGAAUUGCCUUGGCAAUCAUUCAGGUAAUGAUUGACUUUCAAGGAGCUGAGAGAAAAAGAUUGGAAGAACCUGCAUCCGAAGUUGGUUUGGAACCCAUAUGUGCAAUGAUCAACAAUAACCUUCGCUGUUAUGAUCUUGCUAUGGAACUAAGUUCAAGCACCAUUGAAGCUCUUCCAGAGAAUUAUGCUGAGCAGGUCAAUUUUGAGGAUACUUGCAAAGGUUUUCUGGAUGUUGCAAAGGAAGCCGUUCAUCAAACUGUCAAUGUUAUUUUUGAAGAUCCUGGAGUGCAGGAAUUAUUUGUUAAAUUGUAUCAGAGAGAUUGGCUGGAAGGGCAGGUUACAGAGUACCUAGUUGAAACAUUUGUGGAUUAUUUCAGUGAUGUGAAAGUGUACAUUGAGGAAAGAUCGUUUAGGCGAUUCGUUGAGGCUUGCUUGGAGGAGACAGUAGUUGUUUAUGUUGACCAUCUUCUUAUACAGAAAAAUUAUAUCAAAGAAGAAACAAUCGAAAGAAUGAGGCUAGAUGAAGAAGUUCUCAUGGAUUUUUUCCGGGAGUACAUCAGUGUUUCCAAAGUUGAGAACAGAUUAAAAAUACUUGGUGAUUUGAGAGAACUCGCUUCUUCCGAGAGCCCCGAUUCUUUCACACUUGUUUACACAAAUAUUUUGGAGCAUCAACCCGACUGUCCUCCAGAAGUAGUUGAAAAGAUUGUAGGAUUGCGAGAGGGUAUACCACGAAAGGAUUCCAAAGAGGUUAUUCAAGAGUGCAAAGAAAUAUAUGAGAGCUCUCUGGUUGAUGGGAAUCCUCCAAAGACGGGUUUUGUUUUCUCCAGGGUGAAGUGCUUGUCACAUUCGAGAGGAGUUUCAAACUUGUGGAGAAAGCUCACUUAGAGCUGCAGAUUAUUAGGGCGGCGGCGCUCAGGUGCUUUGGCGGCGUUGAUGAUCAGAUCCCCGCCGCGUCUUCGAAUUCGAAUUCGGGUUCGGAUGGAGAUGAAAAGGACGGCGUAGAUCGGAAGUGUUCUUCUUCUUCUUCUCCCACAGAUGAUCCGACACCACCAACGGAUGACGACCCGCCCCGAGCCCGACCCCUUUCACUCCGGGGGACAAGAGUACCCAGAAGGCCAGGAUUAGGCAAUCCCGGAAAUCCUCAGACAAAUGACGCUUCCUCUUAAUUACUACGAGUAAUCAACAUUUGUAUUUAACAUGGUAUUGGGCCAGGCUAAGCCCAACUGUAACCUAUGGUCUCCAGGAAUCCCAUAUAAAAAAUAUUGUAUUUCUCUUGGCUUAUAAGAAUUGAAUGACUCUCGAGCCCAACUGUAACCCUGGUUUUUGUGUAUCUU